UUCACGCGUCUCCUCUAAUAGACCUGUUAAAGAGCUCAAGCACACCUUCAUCCACUGAUAUCUGACCGCAGCGCCUCAGAGCCGACCAGAAGCUGCAAUCACUUUCUGUGUCUGCUUUGUAAGAGAAUACAGAAAAAAGAUAUCAGAAAUACUACUGGAAAUUGGAAAAUGCUUGAAUAUCAGGAGUCCGGAGUGAAAGCAACAUCAGGUAAUCGGAUAUCCUUUUCGAUUAUUGACAUACUGGAUCCUAAAAAGUUCGCAAGUAAAAAAUCACAUGCCGUGUCGGAGAAAGAACGGACGUCAUCUUCAGGUAACACCGAAUUUGGAAGUUUGGAGGAAAAGCGCAACGGGAAAGAAAGUACUGGACACGAAGAAUCGCUUUCCAUCUGCAAAAAUAUAGGUGAUCAAUCAGCUGAUGACCAUCAAAGUUGCGUCAGACUCCAUCCUCCUGAUCCUGAUGUUGACUUGGACUCAACAACCUCGCUCAGAAAUUUAAGAUCGGCCUUUUCUUCUUGUGAAGAACAAGACAGAAUCGCUCCAGCGGCGGAUGAUCUGUCGCGUCAGCGGCGGCGGCAUUCAGAUCACAGCUGCGCGAAGCCGCGGCGCGCCAGAACCGCGUUCACAUACGAACAGCUGGUGGCUCUGGAGAACAAAUUCCGCGCUACGCGUUAUUUAUCCGUAUGCGAGCGACUAAAUCUCGCGCUGUCUCUGAGCCUGACCGAAACCCAAGUCAAGAUUUGGUUCCAGAACCGAAGGACCAAGUGGAAAAAACAGCAGAACCCUGGUGCUGAGAGUUCCCUGCAACCCGGUACGAACUCUCUGCAUAACAUCAGCCCGAUCUGUGAGUCCACAUCUGCCCCCCACCCUCCAUUCAGCACCGGAAAUGUCAUCUUUCAUUCUGGUCCAGUGCACCUGGCAUCUUCUGGUGGGCUUUUGCAUCCUUUUUUGCCCGAUGGUUUUCUCCAGGCAGCAUUCUUCCCCCCACACUUAUGAAGUCUGGAAGCAGGAAUGAUCGUAGACUAUGUGUAAAUGUGAAUUUAUAAAGUGGAUUACUUGUUCAGUGAUCCUCAGCAGGAUGGGAUUGGCAUUGGCUUGAUGUAAUAAUUGAUUAGGCCUAAAAAUUAUUUAUAACUGUUUUCACUGAUAGCUGUGAGCAGAAACACAGGUAAGAUGGAUCCAUCUCUAGGCCUCAAGAAUGAUAAAUCUGAAAGAUCUGCUCACACAAACGCAACUGAAAGAAUAGAUGAUCUGAGAAUCAAAUCAUGGGCCGGCCCACCCUGGCAAUCACUGUAAAUCUUAGAGCUGGAUUGUAUAUAUUUAUCUUUCUUUUGUAUAUAUUGUUCGUGUCAACAGUUUGAUACAUUACUGUGGAUUACUAGCAUCAAAUUCUUGAAAGUAACUUGAAAUUAAAGACAUUGAUGUUCUUUACAAUAUGUAGAAACAUGCUAAUGAGGUCAUCAUUAACAAUGAAAUCUGAAUGAAGGUAAUUUCUUUUUUGUAUCAGACGGAUAUAGACAAAGGGCAACAGUAUAUCGAUCACUGAAUCUCUGUAAUAGUAGAUUAUUUAUUUUGUCUAUACCAAUACAUCACAACCAGAUAGGUUAUCGUCUAUUCUCUUCAUAAACACUAGAUGGCGUCACGUGAAAACUUGUAGAAGAAAUAGGGAGACUAUGGUGACAUUGAAAGCUUAUCAAAUUAAAGCUGUCAAAUCGAUUAAUUGCGAUUAAUAGCAUCCAAAACAAAA